AACACAAGACUUUUCCAGUCCCUCUAGUGUAUCGACUUUCGACGUCUCAGAGUAUUAAACCCGAUAGAUCCUUCUCUCUUCGGUGUUUCAAUAUCUGGGUGACUUGGUUUCUCCCACCGCGCAUUGCCCGCCCGGCAUCCCUUGCCAUGGGCAAGCUGUCUUCAUCAAUUCCUUUGUCCGUUUUAUAGAUUAUACCCGACAUCCGCAGGGAUGAGGGUCUCGCGAACGCUCUAUCUUUUGUGUUUUCUCACAAUUGCCGCUUUCACAUUAUUCUUCCUCCGAAGCCCUGAAACAGACACAGGGCCUAAAGCACCCUUUGAGAAGAGCUUACCCGCCGACUUUGAGAACCUACUACAACCGACGACCGAGGAUUCGCACCCGAUCGCACGACUUAUCAACGAUGCCAAUACUGAUUUUGAUGCGAAACUGGCUCGUCAGUCCAAAUCUCUGACGGAGGCAGUCGAAGAAUAUCGUCGUCGUUAUGGAAUGCCGCCGCCGCCGCAUUUCGAUAAAUGGUUUGCAUUCGCGAAGAAGAGAGGUGUUCAGUUGAUUGAUGAAUACGAUACAAUAUACCAUUCACUGCUCCCUUUUUGGGCUUUAUCGCCUCGUGUUAUUCGGAGUCGGGUCCAUGAAGCCCUUGGGUACGACAACGCACUCAUCGGUCUUUUGAUUCGGGAGGGUAAAGUUACCAAGGUCGAAGGUGGAGGAGAUGGUUAUCAGUGGCAGCGGGAGGCCACUGUUGGCAUGUUGGAGAGUUUUGUGGAAUAUCUACCUGAUAUGGAUUUGGCGUUCAAUAUACACGAUGAACCUCGCGUGGUAGUUCCGCACGAGGAUCUCCAUCGACUGGUUUCUUAUGCAAAGGAUACGGCGAUUCCUGCUACUCUAGAGAAGACUUCGCUACACAAUAAGUGGUCACCGAGGCCGUCGGAUUUGAAUAAAGGUGACCGGAUUGAGGAGGUCAGGACGACUCGAUUCAACAAAUUCGCCCAUCAGCCUACUUGGACUCAUUCCCGUCUUUCCUGCCCAGUAGAUAGUCCUGCACGCUCGCUCGAAGAGAAUCCACGCGAUAAUAUGGAACCUUACGCCACAAGCGAUCUGGGGUUCAUUCACAAUACUACUGCUUUUACCGAUAUCUGCUUGUCUCCUUCGUUGAGAAAUACUUUUGGAUUCUUCGACCGACCGAAUGCUUUCAACAUUGUUCAGGACCUUUUCCCGAUUUUCUCGCAAAGCAAAAUAUCUAGUUUCCAGGAUAUAUUAUAUCCCAGUCCAUGGUACUGGAUUGGAAAAGUUAGCUACAAUGCGACUCGCGAUUACGUCUGGGAGGACAAGAUAUCUCAAAUGUAUUGGCGCGGAUCGACUACUGGAGGGUUUUCACGCGAUGGAGGAUGGCGCCGACAACAUCGACAAUUAUUUGUCAAGAACGUCAACUCUGCAAGUGAUGCAACAAUUUUCUCUCAGAGGGAAGAUGGGAGGUGGAUCACUAGCAAUGUUCCACGUCAAGACGUCAAGUCGUUAUUCAAUGUCACGUUCACCUAUGUCGGCCAGUGUGACCCAGGCGACUGUCGCGCCCAAGAAGAAUACUUUGAUAUCUCCCCAUCCGUCGACCAACAAGACGCAUGGGCUUACAAGUACCUGUUAGACAUUGAUGGGAAUGCCUUUAGUGGACGUUACCAUGCAUUUCUUCGCAGCAAUAGCCUGAUCUACAAGAUGGCCCUCUUCCGAGAAUGGCAAGACGAGUGGGUUGAUGCAUGGGUCCAUUAUGUGCCCUUGGGGAUGAAGGGUACUGAUGCUGUGGAAAGUGUUCGUUACUUUGCACAGGAGGCGGAGGGCAAGAUCCAGGCGCCACGGUUGGCCAAACAGGGCAAGGAAUGGGCACAGAAAGUCCUCCGAAACGAAGAUCUUGAAGUCUGGUUUUUCAGGUUGUUGUUAGAGUACGGACGACUGAUUGACGAUGACCGAGAGAACAUUGGCUUUAUGCCGUGAGCUGAGCACUUAUAUAAUUACAUGGUCCUUCGCUACUUUCUUUUCUUGUUGCUCUUUUUGGUCUUGUAUCCAGCUAUAUACCACUUGUUGUUUUGUGUAUAUGAAUGAUCUCAAAGUCUAUGGAAGUUGCACACCGGGGCAUGCGACGAUGGCGUUUGAAUUGGCGUAAUGGGAGGCGCCUAUCUGAGCAUUCAGUAUGCUUAGUAGGUCCAUUGAUGAGAAAUUGCUUACUCUGUAUAUACUUGUUUAUUUAUCAAAAGGCAUG